AUGAAGCACGCGUGGGGUGAUCCGCCGGCGCUCGCGGCAUGGACAUGGACCGCCGCCACCUCGGCCGCGGGGGCGCAUUGUCGUUGGCCAUACGUGCAAUGCGACUCGUCCAGCCGAGUCACGACCCUCAAGCUCGUUAGCGUCAACAUCACGGGCCCCAUCUCGGACGCCAUUGGAGUCUUCUCCAACCUUGCAAAGCUCGACCUCUCCAACAACAGCAUCGAUCGCCGGCCGCUGGAGUACAACGGCCUCACAGGCACUAUUCCGACAGAGCUUGGCGAGCUGAGUCUCCUCGAGACAUUGUCGUUGGCGUACAACUCGUUCGACCCAGGAAAGCUACCAACAUCGUUCAGGAAUAUGACCAAGCUUGUCAGGCUAUGGGCUGGAGGAUGUGGCCUCGUCGGCAACUUCCCGAGCUACGUGGUGAUUAUGAAGACAGAGUUGGAGCUUCUGAACCUUGCAGACAACUCGUUGACAGGAAGCUUACCUCCUGAGGUUUGGAGCCUCAACAAGCUUCAGUUCUUAAUUGUUGCAACCUUACCGGACACCUAG